AUGAGUACACCGACGAAUAUCGAGCUGAUCCUUCCCGACGAUUCGGUGCGCACAAUGCCGGUCGGCUCGACCCCGCUCGACGUCGCCGCCGACAUCGGCCCUGGCCUGGCCAAAGCCGCCCUCGGCGCCGAGCUCGAUGGCCAGCUGAUCGACUUACGCCAGCCGCUCGCCGCUGGCGGUAGCUUCCGCCUCUUCACCUCGCAACCCCGAGCCGGGCAGUUCAUCCGCCACUCGGCAGAGCACGUUAUGGCCGACGCCGUCAAACGACCACUCGAGAAAUACCAGUACGACUUCCGCUUUCCCCGCACCUUCACCCCCGAGGACCUCGAAAAGAUCGAGGCCAAGAUGAAGGAGAUCCUGAAGGAGAAAGCGACCUUCGAGCGCAUCGAGGUCAGCCGCGAAGAAGCCAAGAAGAUCUUCGCCGACCUGGGCGAGAACUUGAAGCUGAUCCGCCUCGACGAUAUUCCCGAGGGCGAGACCAUCACGCUCUACCGCCACGGCCUGUUCACCGACUUGUGCCGCGGCCCGCAUGUGCAGAACGUCGGCCAGAUCGGCGCCGUCAAGCUGCUCGAAGCCUCGGGCGUGUACUUCAAGGGCGACGAAGCCAACGAGCGCUUGCAGCGGAUCUACGGUACGGCUUUUGGCUCCAAGAAAGAGCUCGCCGCCCACCUCGAGCUGAUCGAGCAGGCGCAGAAGCGCGACCACCGCCGGCUGGGGCCCGAGCUCGACCUGUUCAGCUUUCACCCAGAGGCACCGGCGAGUCCGUUUUUCCACCCCAACGGCACGGUGAUCUACAACGAGCUGGUCGAUUUCGUGCGCCAGCUCUACCGCGAAUACGGCUACGACGAGGUGGUCACGCCGCAGGUGCUCGACGUCGAUCUAUGGCACACCUCGGGGCACUACGAGAACUACCGCGAAGCGAUGUUCUUCAUCGACGCCGACGACCGUCAGCUGGCGGUCAAGCCGAUGAAUUGCCCGACCCACUGCCUGAUCUUCUCGACCCGGCUGCGCUCUUACCGUGACCUACCGAUCCGCUACGCCGACUUCGGCCGGCUGCACCGCUACGAGCGCAGCGGCGUGGUUUCGGGGCUCACCCGAGUACGGACCUUCUGCCAGGACGAUGGCCACAUCUUUUGCACCGAAGAGCAGGUCGAGGAAGAGGUGCUGCGCACGGUCGAGAUGAUCCGGCGGAUCUACGGUACUUUCGGCUUCGAAGUCGGCAUCGAGAUUUCGACCCGGCCGGAAAAACGGCUCGGCAGCGAUCAGAUGUGGGACCGCGCCGAGGGUGCGCUGCAUUCGGCGCUCGAACGUCAGGGCAUCGACUACGAGGUCAACGAAGGCGACGGUGCUUUCUACGGACCAAAGAUCGACUUCCAGGUCCGCGACACGAUUGGCCGCAGCUGGCAGCUCGGCACCGUGCAGCUCGACUACCAGUUGCCCGAGCGCUUCGAGCUCGAAUACGUCGGCGCCGACGGCGACACCCAUCGGCCGGUGAUGAUCCACCGCGCCAUGCUGGGCUCGCUGGAGCGUUUCAUCGGCAUCCUGAUCGAGCACACCGCCGGCUUUCCGCUAUGGCUAGCGCCGGCGCAGGCCAUCGUGCUGCCGGUGUCGGAGAGGUUCCUCGACUACGGCAGCGAGGUUCACGCUCGGUUGCACCAGGCCGGCCUCAGGGUCAAGCUCGACUCGCGCAACGAGAAGCUGGGCUACAAUCGCGAGGCUCAGCUCGCCAAGGUGCCUUACAUGCUGGUGGUCGGCGAGCGUGAGCAAGACUCCGGAACCGUCACCGUGCGACGCCGCCAGGGCGAAGAGCUCGGCAAUUUGAGCCUCGACGACUUCCUGAUCCACGCCCACGAGAAGCUGGUUUCUCGUAGCGAAGAGCUUUGA